AUGGCCCAGGCGACUUUGGGCCAUGCCCGCCGCAAACGAGCACAAGAUGGGCGGCAGACUUCCAGGAAGUUUCGGUUGCAGCAGCAGCUUCGGAGCCUGCGAAGCACAGGUCGCACAGCCGCUGGACGCCUUCAAAUCGCACGUAUUUUGUCGGAGUUGCAACAGGAAGGCCUUUUGGCAUCAGCACAGGACUCUUCUGCUGCCAUCCAGGCGCUUGGCAGCGCGGGCUGGUGGCAGGAAGCUUUGGCACUCUUUGAAGUGGCACUCAACUCUCCAGGUGCCGGCAUCGGAAAAGUUGACGUCGAUAUCCGGAUGUAUAACGCGGCUAUUGCGGCAUUGCGAUCUUCCCCUUUCCGCUGGCAGCAAGCAUUUGCACUGGUGCAUGCGAUGUCAGCCUCACAACUUCAGCCCGACAUCGCUACGACGAACUCUGCAGCAACGGCCUUGAAGGGCGAACUCCUCUGGAAGCAGACGCUGUCUGCAUAUGUGACCGCCACUCAGCAGGGAGUGUGCAUGGACAAGGUGGGCACCAACAUCUUGAUGGCUGCCAUGGUAGCCGUCGAUUGUCGCUGGUCAUUGGGGAUGGAGACACUCCGAUUCGCCUUGCUCCAACAGCUGCAGCCCGACGUGUGCUCUCUGGGCUGUGUAUUGGGCAUCCUCAGCUCCCAGUCCCACUGGGCUCGAAGCUGCUGGCAGCUUCGAGCCGCCGCCACAGCCGCUUUGGAGAUGGAUACAAUCGCACUGAAUUCUGCAUUGAGCAGCACGGAAGAAGUGUCGCACUGGGCAGCGGGCCUUUCCCUUCUCACUGCUACCUUGCGUCACCAGCUUCGAGCGGACGCCAUCAGUUUCAAUGGUGUUCUCAGCGCUGCGAGCAAGCAAGGGGUUUGGCGGCAUGGACUGCAGUACUUAGAAUGGCUGAAUCAGCUGGGUGAGCCCACCUUGGUCUCGUACAACUCCCUCCUCGUGUAUGCAGACGGAGAUGGAAGGCGGUGGGAGACAGCUGUACGGAUUCUUGAUGACAUGACCGCAGAUGGAUUUUCCAGAAAAGCUCGAGAAUUCCGUCCGGAUGUGGUGACUAUCAGCUCCGUCGGGAACAUGUUGCAGGCAUUCGGGCAGUGGGGACAAGCCAUGCUCCUUGCAAAAACGCCGCAUGGAGGCUCAGAUGGAGAGAAGCCGCCCACAGCUACGAGUGCGCCUGUGCUGGGAAACGUGAUGGCAGCCGCGGAACGAGCCGGGUGCUGGGAGCGCGCGCUGGAUCUGAUUCGCUGGGCCCAGGCGAGAGCGGCUGUUAGCAACGUGGUCUCCUGCGGGAGCGCUGCUUGCACAGCGGUCAUGGGUGCAUUGUCCAAGGGCAAGGAGUGGAGACGCUCACUAGGUCUGACAGCGCCACUACAUGGCCUUGUGUCCCCAACCAGCGAGGCCGUCAAUGCAGUCAUCUCCUCUUUUUCGCGAGGAAGCUGUUGGCCGAAUGCCGUCUCUGUCGUGGAACAGAUGCAUUGGUCUCGGCUUGAGGCCGACGUCUUCACGUGCACAUCAGCCAUCAGCUCUUGCGAGAAGGCACUUUGGCUUCACUCGCUGGAACUUCUGGGGUGGAUGCGAAGGAAUCUUGGUUUGAAGAGCAUGCAGCCGGCCGUCAAUGCGGCAGUGAGUGCGUGUGGCAGCAGCAGGAGCUGGAUGUGGCCUUUGGAGCUCAUGUUCGGCUCGGGCACCGCCACAACAGGUUUUCCUGAAGCAUCGACCCAGGAGGCUUGCCAGCCAGGCGUGGCAGCUGUUUUUUUGGCCCUCCAUGAAGACGGGCGCUGGGAGGAUGCCCUGCAAGUUUGCAGGCAGAUCCACCUCAGGAGCGUGCAGCCAGAUAUUGCCAGCUACGGGCUUCUGGUGAUGCAGUGCGAGCAACAAGGAAUGGCCGGGCAAGAAAUCGGCAUGCUCCGAUCGUUGUUCCAUGUUGCCUCGGGGCUCUCU